CUGGUAGUGGCAGACAACGUCAGUACUCAGUAGUCCGUUGUACGUGUUCGUACGCUCUCUGUCGUCAGGUGAAACAUAAUCUCAAAUCUUUUUACCUGUUGUUUGCAGUACUUUCAAACUUGUCCGUAUCGUAGUUUCAUUGAAAAUCAAGUGAGCUAGGGCCAGACCUUCGAUUACGAGGAUUAAGUGAAUCAUUCCAACUUUAAUGUGUCCAGGAAUUUAAUUUUUUCGUCGUCACUAUGAUCAGAGAGUGAUUAAAAUUAAUAUAUUUCCCGUGACUACUUAAAAAGUGGGUUUUCCUCGACAUUUCCAGGAAAAGAUCUCAACCAACCUCGGUCGCUUUUGCGGCCUCUUGAAUCAUAAAGGUGGCGUGGGGAACUGUAAUGGAAUUGCAAAGUUGGUUGCUCUAUCACCUUGUCUUGCCUGACUGUAAUCAAGUUUCUUUCUUUGGGUUUGCUUGAAUUUGGAACCACCGCCCAAUUAUUUGAUUUCCAAUUCCGUUAUCAUCGACAGGAAACGACACUCAAUGUUUGAUGUGAUGCAGUCCCCAGCUACAGGGGGUGGAGUUUACCCUGCCGGAGGAACCGGAAGUCGGGCUCGGGAUUUGGGUCUUCGAGCUCAGAAAAAACUUCUUGGUCGCUUCGCAUCAACUGGAACCGGAAGAUCCUUUUUGAUUGACGAUGCCACCACGUCUCUUUUAGAUAAUCUUUACAAAUUAAUGGAUAAGACUGCUAAGCAGUGUCCAAAUGUGGACAAAAAACAACCGGAAAAGGUCCUAAAGAAUAUCGUUAAAUUGUCGAUUAAGAUAGGACUUUUGCACCGGAACCAACAACUCGGCCCGGCAGAUGAGGAAAAAAUAGUCGAAAUCAGAAAAUCGCUGAGGGCGACGGCAAUGGCUGUAAUUUCAUUUUACGAACUGGAUUACAGUUUUGACAAAGCGUACUUAACAAAGUCCCUAGAACGGUGCCGUUCUGCAAUUCAUUCCCUGAUAAAGCCUCACCUCACCGACAAAUCUCAAGAUCGUUGCGACCUCGUCUUCGAUUUUCUCACCCAUCCCGAAUUUUUGGAUUCCGUUUUUCGGCAAAAUUCCGAACAAAAAAACACCCUUGGAAUGCUAGUCACCGAUAUCAAUAAGGCUCUCGAUGUAGGUCACCUGUGACGACACAGUAACACAAUAUGAAUUUUAAAAUAAUUGUAUCGAAACGCAAGUUACAAUUUUAUUUUUGAGCAUAUCUUGAAGCAGUGGAAAAAAACGAGUCUGGAUUUUUUCCAGUUUGGAAAAUCGAAACUGCAAUUGCGGAUCCAAAGAGGAAGAGGAAAA